GCGUCCCUGCCAGAACCCCGAGGAUCACAGCAUGGAGGCUCGACAAGUUCGGCAUCUUUCUUUCAUGUCGACCUGGAUAUUUGUCUUUUUCUUCCUCGCUGCGUGCUCAGGAAUGGCCUCACCAAAACUCCACCUUGAAAGGACAGUGUUUGUGGCCUUCGCAGGCGAAGGGCUCAACCUAGACUGUGAGCUGAACCUUCCAGUAAACGAGAGCAGCGGCGUCCUGACGUGCUCCGAUCCGCUCCACAAACCGAUCUACAGCUGUCCCAUCGCCGAGAGCCACGGCCAGCCGCAAACACUUCUUCUAAUAUUGGAGCUGGUAAACAUGACCGCUUCAGGAGAAUACAGUUGCCGAUAUAAAACAGCUGCAGUGUACUGGUAUCUUCGAGUGAGAAGUGACAGCCACUGGGACAACGGAAUGUCGUAUUUCACAGAAGUCAUCACCGCCGCCGGCCUUAUCUGUCUGCUGCUGGUUUUCAGUGUGGUCAGCUCAGUGUAUGUCUUCAGAGGACAUGGGACAGACUGCCACACUAAAUGUGGCAGAAAAGGAAAUCAGAAAAGAGAAGAAAGGAAAAAAGGAGAGACGGUGGACAACAACGUGGAUGUGAUAACGUCUCCGACUACGUCUUUCUAUGCAAGUCUAGAGGCUCGGCCCAGGUCCAUUUAUGAUGUGCUGGACCACUCAACUGUCAAUAGAGAGCCAGACCGAAGCAAAGCUAAACAAAAGAAAAAGGAACCUGGAGAGCCGGUGGUGCAGACCGCAAAAGACCAGCAUGAAGGCGUAUUUGAUUCUGUCUAUGAGAACUUUUGAAUCGGAGAUAAACUUGUUCCAAAAGAUUGUGACAUUUAUAUUAGUGCCUGAGAGGAUCACAGUUUGCUUUUCUGAGUCAUUGUCACUUGUUACCAGAAAGUAUUUAGAUUCUUUAAACAUGAAAGUAACAAAACAACCAUGUAAAAAUACUGUGUUACAUGUAAAUUAGUCACGUAAAAAUACAAAAGCAUCAUCAGCGAAUAAUAAAUCAGAGAACAAAAGCAAAACUACCCAGUAUGCAGGCGAAAUCGGCAUUGUAUUAUUUUAUUUAUACAGAUAUAUUAACAUUGUAAUGUUUGGUUGCGCUGGAGCUGGGCUAAUAUUACUACUAUAUUAUUUAGAAGUAAAACAUUUAUUGUAAAAAUGUAAUGUAUAACAAUACUGCAUUGUUCAUAUUGAGGUGUAAAAUAAAUGUAGUUGAGUAAAAUGAACAAUAAAAUGAUAAAGUACAA